UUCAACAGAUAAGCAGAGGUAUAAGACCAGGGCCAGAUUGGAUAGGAACAGGUGAGUGGAACGAGGAAGGAAAAGAUUUUGCGUUUACUGGGACCCCCGUGAGAUUCACAGCAAAGGCGACUGCAUCUCCCUCAGAUCCAUUCCAAAUGGCGGAAGAUGAGGUUGCCGCUCUGGUUGUGGACAACGGCUCCGGAAUGUGCAAAGCGGGAUUUGCAGGAGACGACGCUCCACGGGCCGUGUUCCCCUCCAUUGUGGGGCGGCCCAGGCAUCAGGGGGUCAUGGUGGGGAUGGGCCAGAAGGACAGCUAUGUGGGGGAUGAGGCACAGAGCAAGAGAGGCAUCCUCACCCUGAAGUACCCCAUCGAACAUGGCAUUGUCGGCAACUGGGACGACAUGGAGAAGAUCUGGCACCACACCUUCUACAACGAGUUGCGGGUGGCCCCUGAGGAGCACCCAGUCUUGCUCACGGAAGCCCCCCAGAACCCAAAGACGAACCGCGAGAAGAUGACGCAGAUCAUGUUUGAGACUUUCAACACGCCAGCCAUGUACGUGGCCAUCCAGGCCGUGCUGUCGCUCUAUGCGUCUGGCCGCACCACCGGAAUUGUCAUGGACUCUGGGGACGGCGUGACCCACACGGUGCCCAUCUAUGAGGGGUAUGCCCUGCCCCACGCCAUCAAGCGCCUGGACCUGGCUGGCCGUGACCUGACUGACUACCUCAUGAAGAUCCUGACUGAGAGGGGCUACAACUUCGUCACCACGGCCGAGAGGGAGAUCGUGCGGGACAUCAAGGAGAAGCUCUGCUACGUGGCCCUGGACUUUGAUCAGGAGAUGGCCACGGCCAGCUCAUCUUCCUCCCUGGAGAAGAGCUAUGAGCUGCCAGACGGGCAGGUGAUCACCAUUGGCAACGAGCGCUUCCGGUGCCCCGAGGCUCUCUUCCAGCCCUCCUUCCUGGGCUUGGAGUUGGCUGGCAUCCACGAGGAAACCUACAACUCCAUCAUGAAAUGCGAUGUGGACAUCCGCAAGGACCUGUAUGCCAACACGGUGCUCUCUGGCGGCAGCACCAUGUACCCUGGCAUUGCUGACCGGAUGCAGAAGGAGAUCACCUCCCUGGCUCCCAGCACGAUGAAGAUCAAGAUCAUUGCCCCGCCAGAGCGCAAAUAUUCAGUGUGGAUCGGGGGCUCCAUCCUGGCCUCUCUCUCCACCUUCCAGCAGAUGUGGAUCAGCAAGCAGGAGUACGAUGAGUCUGGCCCAUCCAUCGUCCACCGCAAAUGCUUCUAAAAUCCAAGCAGCCAACCUCUUCUGGCCAAGUCAAUAUAUAUUGCUGCCUUGCUUUUAUUUGUUGAAUUCUGCCCUCUUGCAGGAUAUUUAGUAUUUAUCCAGUUCUUGAUUUGGCUCCUGCAUUGGGCAACUUUCGUCCAUCGCUUUGCCAAGGCUUGUCCAAGGUCCACAGUUGCGCUCUUGAUAAUAAUAUUUGUAUUUAUACCCCGCCAUCUGGCUGGGUUUCCUCAGCCACUCUCAUUGAUUGUGUACCACCUUCGCCUUUUCUUUCUUUCUGAUUCAUGUGGAGUUCAGUACUUUAUUGCUAACCAUUUUCUCUGUCGAACAAAACAAGCCAAUAAAGUCAUGCUAAAUGAAGUAAAAAUUGGUGUGCUUCUUGUAGUAAAUGACUCUCUCAAUAACCACAGCUUUUUGGAGCCAAAACGUAACACGAAGCCAAUUUACUGCUCAGCGUUGCAGCAAGCCAACAUGGGGGUACAGGGAGCCACACUCGUGGUUUUUCUGCUUCACUUGUCCCCAUGUCCUGCCCUUAGUCUCACUCCAAACCAUAGCUGCCAAGUUAUCCCUUUUUUAAAGGGAAAUUCCCUUAUGCUGAAUAGGCUUCCUUGUGAGAAAAGGGAAAACUUGGCAGCUAUGCUCCAAACAGACCAUGAGCUGUAGCCAAGGGUCACUUGUUUGCACUGACCCAGGGCUUACUCUGAGGAAGUCUUUUUCCCAGGGUUACAAUGGCUUUAAUCUGAGAUAUGGUUGCUCUUAAAAUUUGAGAAUGUAGUAAAAAUGAAUGCUAAGCUGUGAAUUUAGCAAAGGGAGGCCUAACUUUAUGAAUAUGACUUCUGGCUCCCAUCACCCCUGAUCACUGGGCAAGGUGGCAGCAGCUGGAGGAAGUAAUAGGAACCCCUGGUUUGUUUAUUAACUGGAUUUAAUCUACCUUUUGACAGGUACCCCCAAAGUACCUUAGAAGGCCAAUCCUUAUAAACCACCAUCAAUUUUGUGCCUUUUUAGAAUUUAUUAGAGCGUUUUCUAAAAAAAGAAGAAGAUGAAGAUAGAUAAUGAUCAGAGCGUGAUAAAAAUGGGUGCUAAACCCAAUUAUUGUAUUGGCCCGACCACCACAAAUAAGCUGCACCUUUAAAAUUAAAGGGCGAAAAAGAGAGAAAAAGUCAAUAUCUAAAUAUAAGCUGUUCCGUUAAAAUUCCACCACAGGCGUAAAAUUCCAUACCUGUAAAUGACAAAUGUAGAAGAAAAUCCUACAGCAGGCAUCCCCAAACUGCGGCCCUCCAGAUGUUUUGGUCUACAACUCCCAUGAUCCCUAGCUAACAGGACCAGUGGUCGGGGAAGAUGGGAAUUGUAGUCCAAAACAUCUGGAAGGCUGAAGUUUGGGGAUGCCUGUCCUACAGGUACCAUUCCCCCACGCUCCCGGGCUGCUUCCUGGGGGGGGGGAGCCAUGCCACUUUGGCAGCGGUCUUCCCCCCUUCCCCCUUCUUUCCAGCGGUUCUGGGGAGGCUUGUGAACCGCAGUCAGGAUGGGCAUUGUUGUCCCGCACCCCUGACGGCGCUUGUGGUGGCAUCCUGGGUGCUGGCGGCGGCGGGGGGGGGGCACUCUACAUUUCGGCCUUGGAAGGCAGCUGUUUCAGCAACAAUAUCAUAAAGGUCAAUUUGUCAGAAUUUGGGGGGGAAGGUGCGGCUUAUAUUCGGGUCAAUACGGUAAAUGGUCCUAAAUACCAUAAAUACAUGGGAGGACAAGAAUAGGUGCAGAGUUUGGGUGCUGCAGCAGACAAGGCCCUGUCUCAUAGCCAUGGGGCAUAUUUAUUCAUGUCAUUUACAUACCCUCCAUCAUUUAUCCAAUGAAAAUACCGGUAUGAAUGUCCUCAGAAAAAGCAGGACAUUCCAGGAUCAAAUCAGAAACCGGCACAGCUUGUGUAAAUCUGGAACUGUCCCUGGAAAAUCAGGACACUCGGAGGGUCUGAAAAUACCUGCACCAAAUGAAGGAAAAGAAGUUGGCCUACGAAGCCCUUGAAGAAAAAGGUCACCAAUCCACUUUAAAUUAUUAACUUGCACUGCUUCUGCAGCCAGCUAUUUUUUUCGGAAGCAUGGGGAAUGUUUAUUCCUUUCUUGUAAACGGAGCCUGACACUUGCAAGUCUGCAUUUAUUCUACAGUGUUGGGAUUCCUGCAUUUCAGGGGAUUGGACUAGAAUGACCUGCGCGGUCCCUUCACAUUCUAUGAUUUAUAUCCCACCUUUCCUCCAAGGGGCUCAAGUUUGCAUGAUGCAUGUUCUUCCCAUUUUAUCCUCUCCACGUGUUGCCCCCUUUUUAUCCUUUUUAGUCUGGUGGUGAGCAACUAGAUGUACAUGCACUUAAAAGAGGCCUGCACUUAAUUGUGUGACAGGAUUGGACACUUCACCCACCCCUUUGUUUUGAGGUGCAAGCAGCAUCUCUGGGACAGCAGUUUUUGUGCCUUUCCCCUCAGGACAGGGGCACCUAGCGCUCCUCUUCUUCCGCUCUUGAUGAUGCGCCCAACUCUGUCAGCAUUUUGUUACUCUACGGCCCAG